GACGUCACCAGUCAAGUGGUAGUGGAUCUCCAAGGGUCUGGGCUCCUGGCCCCCGUGACCAGCCUGCUGGGCUUCAAGCUGACGAUGGUCCUGGGAUUCACUGUGACCGCCGCCGUCAACGGUUCCAAGUGUCCGGUGUUUCAGAUCGGGCAGGGAGAGGCGGAGGUCAUCCACAGCGAGAUGCUUCUCACCAGUCUCAUAGGUUCGCUGUCAGAGACGCUUCCUCUCCCUCUGGAUGUGGGAGACUUACUGAACACCCUCUUAUCCGCAUCAAUGUCGGAGACGGCGGGAGACUCUUUCCAGUCUAUGAUGGACAAAAUCAACACCUGCGACAUCCCGGCCACGGAGGGAAUGCCACUGAGCUACACUCUCCUGGAGGUGACGUUUACCGAGGCCUGCUUUCUGAGCGUCUACUGCACCCAAGUGGCGUGCGGACGGACCGGCCUGGUUGUCCCCACGGGCGCCAUGACCCUGCCCACCCAGCCGGCCCGCGUGUCUGCUGUGAUGGCCCCCACCCUCAUCAAAACCAUGCUCUCCUGUGUCGUGUCCGCCUCGUUGCUCAAGAAGAACGACUACACCCUGAUGAUCCGCAAUCAGUCCCUGGCCUUCCCGGUGAAGAACGUCGCCAUCCUGACGUACGUGACUUCGGUUAGGAAGUUGGGCCAGAUUCCGGUCAUGGUGACCACGGCCCUCGAGAUCGUCUACAACCCGGCUGUGGGCGGAAGCGCAAUUGAGACGGCCCUGAGGAUGCAGAGAGCAACCCACACCGCUCAGGAUCCUAAUGCCCUGGCCAAGCUGAUCCCUUGGUGCGACGAAUUGGCCAGGAAAGUCUUCAGCAACGCGCAGGCCUUGUUUUCGAGGGUGAAUCUGCCUCCUGUGCCACUGCUGGGAUCGUUCGCGGGCGGCAUGGCUGAGCCGAACAAGGACGCGGCCGUGGUCAUCACCAGCCCGAAUUGACCCACCCGGAGGAAGCCCUGGAC